UUGCAAUUUAGUUUUAAUGAUAAGAAACACCCUUUUACCGCUAAUUAGCAGACCAGCUCUUACCGGAAGUUUGUUACGACGAAAACAUCAGCAGCAACAAACUCUGGACUUGACAGUCACUUAUCAAGAGUCUUAAUGAGUUAAAAAGAAGACGACAGGAGUACGAAGUUUCUGCAGAAAAAAAUCCAUUAUUUCCCCAAAAGCCCGAAUACGUGAUUUUUGCAAUCGAUAAUAAAACCUCCGAAAACUAAGGGUGUGACUAAUAUAAGCAAAUUAUACACGUGUUAUAAUUAUCAACAGCGAGGCUUUGAAGAUGUCAUUUUUAAUGGACUCUUGUUUAAUGUUCUUUUCCCAGGUUUUAUUUUUUGCUGGUGGAUGGGUGUUUUUCUUGAAGCAGCUGUUCAAGGAUUAUGAAGUUCAUCAUUCUGUUGUGUUACUGGUCUUUUCAGUCACAUUUGCCUUGUCAUGUACCAUGUUUGAACUGAUCAUCUUUGAGAUUCUUGGAUUCCUUGAGGCUAGUUCCAGAUAUUUCCACUGGAAACUGGGUCUGUAUGCCAUCCUCUCCGUAUUGGUGGCUGUAUUACCAUUCUACAUUGGUUAUUUCAUCAUUGGAAACUUGAGAUUCGUUCCACAGAAGCGUCACAUUCGUGUUCUACUGACAGCAGGAACUUGGUUGGGAUUUCUGUAUUUUUUCUGGAAAAUUGGUGACCCAUUUCCUAUACUGAGUCCAAAGCAUGGAAUCUUUUCAAUUGAGCAGUGUAUUGGCAGAAUCGGAGUCAUCGGAGUAACAUUAAUGGCGGUACUGUCAGGAUUUGGUGCCGUGAAUUAUCCCUAUACCUCCAUGUUCUGCUUCAUAAGGGCGGUAACUGAGGCAGAUAUCCAGGGCAUAGAAAAGAGAUUGAUGCAAACUAUGGAUAUGAUACUGUUGAAGAAAAAGAGAAUGGCUCUAGCAAAGCGAGAACGGCUGAAGCAAGCUACCAUAAAUAAAAGUCAGGGUGGAUUAUGGGGAAUGAUAUCAAAAGUAACAUCAGGCAAUUCGUUGGAGAAUAUUUCAGUGCUGCAACAAGACACUGAGGCUUAUGAGGAGCUAGCAAAACAGUUGUUUUUGGAGUCUGUGGAUUUACAUAACACACAAGAAAGGAUCGCAUACUCAAAGACAUUUAAAGGGAAAUAUUUCAACUUUUUAGGAUACUUCUUUUCCAUUUACUGUGUUUGGAAAAUAUUUAUCUCCACCAUCAAUAUUAUAUUUGAUAGAGUCGGUAAAGUUGAUCCUGUAACUAGAGGAAUAGAGAUAGCGAUUAAUUACCUGGGAAUUCAGUUUGACGUUAAAUUCUGGUCACAGCAGAUCUCAUUUCUUCUGAUUGGAAUCAUCAUAGUCACUUCAAUAAGAGGUUUACUCAUUACUUUAACAAGAUUUUUCUACGCCAUUGCAAGCAGUAAAUCAUCAAAUGUGAUCGUACUGUGCCUGGCUCAAAUAAUGGGGAUGUAUUUUGUGAGUUCCGUGCUUCUUAUUAGAAUGAACAUGCCACAAGAAUACAGGUCAAUAAUAACGGAGGUACUUGGAGACCUUCAGUUCAACUUUUAUCAUCGCUGGUUUGAUGUCAUUUUCCUCGUCAGUGCACUCUCAAGCAUUGGAUUCCUUUACAUUGCACACAAACAAGCCCCAGAAAAGACAAUGAAUGGAUACUAGUGUCCUAGUCAAUUAAGAUCACUAAAAUUAAAUAAAGAGGCACAAAAAAUAACUGAAGAAUUUGAUGUCAAUUUUUUUUGCAUAAAUGGAAUUUAGAAAUGGAAAACCUAAAUGGACAAAAACAUUUUGAAACAAACUUCUCCUUUUAUGUAACGAAGUAAUGAUUUGCUACGUAGAUGCAUGUAUUUAUUUG